AUGGCCUUCCAGGAUUUCGACCAGAUAUCCGAACGCCGAAAGGCUGAGAGGGCACGUAAAAUGAGGAAAAGAAUUAUCAUCGCAGUUGUCGUCGUCGUCCUGCUUAUUCUGAUUGCUGUCGGAGCCUAUUUACUUUUGAACAAACUUAAUAGUAAGAAGGGCAAUGCUAAGCAAGACAAAACAGCCAAUUCUAAGCCUGCUCCGGCAAAAGCUCAACCCAAGAACGAUCAAGCCAAGAAUAAAGUGCCGGCAAAAGGUGAGAAGAUCAUGAAGCAGAUGUGUGGUGCAACGGACUACAAGGACAAGUGCGAGAGCAUCAUCGGAAAGGCAAAGGACGCAUCUAAACCGAAGGAAUUCAUCAAGACCGCUAUCUCAGCAGCCUCGGAUGAGGCCAGGAUUGCCUACAGCAAAUCCAGCGAGCUCACUUUUAACAGCCCAGAAGAGAAGGGAGCAUUUGAGGAUUGCAAAGUGCUGUUUGAAGAUGCCAUGGACGAAUUAGGGGAUGCCAUUUCUCAAAUUGGCAACACAACUGCUUCCGGGAAGAUUCGAACCGGUCUCUUGGACACUUGGCUGAGUGCAGUCAUAUCUUACCAGCAGACGUGUGUUGAUGGGUUUCCUGAUGGAAAAUUGAAGUCUGACUUGGAGAAGAUGUUGCAGGCCUCCAAGGAAUUCACCAGCAAUUCCUUGGCCAUGCUUUCACUCCUUUCCCAAUUCCAGCUACCGGUUACAGCAGCAGUUUCAGGAGCAAAACGUCGUCUUCUAGCACAGAACAAGGACGGGUUUCCUACCUGGAUGAGCCAUGAGGAGCGAAGGGUGUUGAAGAAAAACGAUGAGAAGCCCACACCUAAUGUGACUGUGGCAAAAGAUGGCAGUGGAAACUUCAAAACCAUUAGUGAAGCCUUGGCAGCCAUGCCUGCAAAAUAUGAAGGACGAUAUAUCAUCUACGUUAAAGGAGGAGUCUAUGAUGAGACUGUGAUUGUGACAAAAAAGAUGCCAAAUGUUACCAUAUACGGUGACGGGUCACAGAAGAGCAUCAUCACAGGGAAUAAGAACUUUGCAGACGGAGUUAGGACAUUCCAAACUGCAUCUUUUGCGGCCUUAGGAGAAGGUUUUAUGGCAAAGUCCAUGGGAUUCAGAAACACGGCAGGUCCUGAGAAGCAUCAGGCAGUGGCAGCAAGAGUCCAAGCAGACCGUGCUAUUUUUCUCAACUGCCGAUUUGAAGGGUACCAAGACACCUUGUAUGCACAAACCCAUCGGCAGUUCUAUAAGAGCUGUGUUAUUUCAGGCACCGUUGAUUUCAUCUUUGGUGACGCUGCUGCUAUCUUUCAGAACUGCUUGAUCUACGUCAGGAAACCUAUGGAAAACCAACAAAACAUUGUUACUGCCCAGGGACGGACUGACAAACAGGAAACCACAGGAAUAGUUCUGCAGAAUUGCAAAAUCAUGCCUGACAAAGAUCUUGAGCCAGUAAAGUCUCAGUUCAAGACCUACCUCGGAAGGCCAUGGAAGGAAUUCUCAAGAACCAUAGUGAUGGACUCAACAAUUGAGGAUCUGAUUCACCCAGAUGGAUGGACACCAUGGCAAGGAGACUUUGCACUGAAAACGCUGUAUUAUGCAGAGUAUAACAACAAGGGACCAGGUGCCAAGACUGAUAACAGGGUCAAGUGGUCUGGAUACAAAGUCAUUGACAAGCAAGAGGCUAUGAAAUAUACUGUAGGGCCUUUCUUGAAAGGGAAUGCUUGGCUCAGGGUCAAGGGGGUUCCUGUUCGCUUCGGCCUAUCUGAAAACUAA